CUUUAACUCUGAAUUGGAAACUUCCUAGUUAUCUGAGUCACCUGCAGGACGAAAAUGGAGGAGACGUCACAGCAUUGCCUGUCCAGACUGCCAGACAACUCUGCCCUGAAGCAGCAGAAGUUGCCUGCCCACCGGCUAUGUUUCACGGCCACGAGAGUCCUCUCUGUCUUUUUCACAAUGGCAACAUUCUGCCUUUGUAUGGGCAGCAUCCUCAUAGUGUCUGCAAGGAGCACUCAGGCGAUAGAGAUUAAUUACACAAGAACAUGUGCAAAUUGUGCCAAACUGCGGGAAACUGCCUCUAAUUUUGACAAAGAAUGCACCUGUUCUAUUCCCUUUUACCUCUCAGAAAAAAUGAUGGGUAAUGUUUAUAUGUACUACAAAUUGCAAGGCUUCCAUCAGAACCUGUAUCGAUACAUUCGAUCCAGAAGUAAUAGACAACUGGUGGGCAAAGAUGUGAAAGCUGUUGAGGACUGCUCCCCAUUUAAAACAUCCAACAAUAAGACCCCCAUUGUUCCUUGUGGUGCUAUUGCCAACAGCAUGUUCAAUGACACCAUCAUUCUUUCAUACAACAUUAAUUCCUCUGUACAAAUCAAAGUGCCAAUGCUAAAGACUGGACUUACAUGGUGGACAGAUAAGUAUAUCAAAUUUCAGAAUCCAAGUUUCAAGAAUCUUGCUGAUGAAUUUAGAGGAACCACAAAGCCCCCAAACUGGCCCAGCCCUAUCUAUGAGUUGGAUAAAAAGGAUCCAAGAAACAAUGGCUUCCUCAAUGAAGACUUCAUCGUGUGGAUGCGGCCAGCUGCCUUUCCCACUUUCAAAAAACUGUAUGGUCGACUCAACCAAACACACCAUUUUAUAGAAGGCUUGCCUGCUGGUAAUUAUAGUUUCAACAUAACCUAUAAUAUCCUUUUAUCCGUCUUCUUAGAUUUUCCAGUAACCAGGUUCCAGGGAGAAAAAUCAGUUGUUCUUUCCACCCUGACAUGGAGUGGGGGAAAUAGCCUUUUCUUAGGUCUUGCCUACACAGUGACAGGAGCUGUGGCAUGUUUGGCCUCUUUUACCAUGAUGGCAAUUCACAUGAUGCUGAAAAACAAGAAAAUAUCCUACUUCCAUCAAUAAAGUCAAGCUUUAAAAAGAAAAGGAGGAAGCAAAAAAGGACAGUGAACAGAAACAAAGAUCUCUGAAAGGCUUGAAAUGCCUGGGAUGUUUCAACAAGGGGAACUAGAUUGACUGAACCAAAAUCAAUUUCAAAUAGACAAUGAAGAGAACUUUAGAGUUAAAAACAAGAAGGAGAAGAAGGGAGGCAUAAUUAUAUGUAGUAAAAUGUCCUUGGAAUGGGGAGAAUAAAUCACCCUUGAACUCUAGACUGAUUCUCCAGUAUUUAUUUGAAGUCCUUGAGCCUGAAGGCAGGUGAACUCUGCAAGUGAGUGCAUCGCCAGAAAAGAGCAAGCAACCUGGGGUACCGAAGACUAGGUAAGUCCUAACCAUCAGAUCAGGCUCCAAUCAUGAAUCUUCACUGACUACUUGCACAUAUACACCAUGGAAUACUAUGCAGUCAUAAG